AUGGCUGCCGAUAAAGUGUCGGUCUUGCUCCAUCCUGUGGGCGAUGCGCCGAUUUUGAAGAAGACUAGAUAUUCCUUGGACGCCUCCCACGACAUUGCCUGGUUCACCGUGCAGGUCCGCAAGAUGCUGGCCCUACCCCCCGACCAAACCCUCUUCUUCUUCAUCGCCCAAAGCUUUGCCCCCUCCCCCGACCACACCUUCCAGGUCCUCCGCGGAAUGGCGCUCGUUUCGUACGGAAGUGGCUCGGGAAGUGAGUCGGACGAGGAUGAUGAGCAGCAAACAGUUUUCACUGCAACAAAGCCGGCGAAACAGGAUAGUGCUGUUCCUGAUGACUUCUUCGCUGACGUUCAAGAUGAAGAUGACGAGGAUGCCGAAGGAGCGGGUUUCCACAUCGAAGAAGGCGAUGUCUUGGAAGACGUGGUGAAGCCGAAAGCCUGGGAGAAAGAAUUGGCGGAAAAGGAACGAUUACGUCGAGAAAAGAAGGAGAAAAAGGCCAAGAAGAAGGAGAAAAAGCGGGCAAAGAAAGAGGCCAAAGAGCGGGAAGCAAAAUCUGGCGACGCAUCAGCCCCAUCGGCCGCUACAGAGCUUCCCAAACCGAAGAAGAAAGCGCAGAUUCAACUUUUCGGCGGGCUCAAAUCGGUUGUGGCACCAGCAAGUGACAGCGAGGAUGAGGAGAGACCAGGGCCCUCUGCACUGUCACAACCGGGUGCGAAGGGACUUCUCGGGAUGUUGCCGGCCCCAAAAGUCGCCGCGGCCAAGCCAUUGACGGGAAAAUCAAAUCUCUUGCUGCCUGCAUCUCUACGCAAAGCACCGGCGCCUAAACCGGUAGCGCCGGUUGUUAAGCCCCUCGCUCCUCCCGUCCGGGCUCCUAUCCGCAAAGCCGAUAGCGAUUCGGAAGACGAAGACGAUGGGGCCGAUUUCUUCGGUUUGCGCUCUGAACCGGCGCCAAAGGUUGCGCGCCUGGAGGAGGAAUUCCAGACCAUCCCGAUCAUGCCAACCGAUGGCCAACAAGACUUCUUGGGCCCAGCACGACCGGCGGAAGGCGAAGUCCUCCACCCAUCCGAGAUGUACAACAUGGCCAAUUUCGCCAGCGAGGGCCGAGUGCUGGGAAAAAUUUCGGAUCAGGAAGCUCAUCGCAUGAUCCAGAUGCGCGAGCCGCAAUUCAGCGGGAUGGGCAUUCCGGAGAUUGUCAACAAUAUCCAGGAGUUUUCCGUCAAUCAGGCCCUUGGCCCGGACGUGCAUUCUUCGCUGAUGCGAAACCUGACGAAAGCCACGCUCCAAAGUGCCUCCAAAAUCAAUGUGCCGAAAUCCGUUGGUGUGCGGGACGUUACGGCAAAAAGGAAGAACCAGAUCACCCACCUGGCCCAGCUGGCCGUCGCACGCGAAGAUGCGCUCCAAGAAGAACGCUCCCAGGCCAAGCACAACAAGCGGAUGGCCAAGCAGAAAUACGGAUUC